GGAAGGAAUUUGCUUAUCUGUGAUUUCUGUGAUCAAAGAGAGAGAAACGAAAAAGGAUGACUUGGAAUUUUGGGAACGAGUUGAAGGCAAUUGUUGAUAAUAGAAAAAAAAGUUGAAAGGCGAGAAAGGCAAAUGGUUCCAUAAUCCAAAUGACAGUUGGUAAUCUGAAACAGUUUUAAAUAAGAGAGAGAGAGAGAGAGAGAGAGAGAGAGAGAUUGAUUUCUUCCGCUUUGAGAGAUUUCUUCCGCUUUUUCUUCUCUGCUCUUAUUAUUCUUCAGGUUCUCCUUGGGAUUAAUCUCCUCAUCGUUUCUUUCUGGUUCAAUUCAUAGGUUUCGAAAGUGCACAAAACGGCUCUCCUCGUGAUUGCAUCCUGUUUGUGAUUGUUACUCUUGAUGAAAGAAGAAGUAAAAGACAAGUAAAAGAAAGGAGAGGUGGAGUAGAUCUUCUGCUGCCUGAAGUGAAAGUGGUAAGUACUGCUACCAUUUUUUUAACAGCCCCCUAGAUAUUCCCAGGUGAAGCUUUGGUUUGUUUUGGAAAGAAUGGUUUCAACUGAUAAUGGUGAAAAGAAUGGGGGAAUUGAGGAACCUAAUGAUUCUAGGAAGGUUAAGAGUCCUCUUCACAUUUCUUCGUCUCAAAAGGGACUUAUAAGCGACGUUAACCCACAACACAGGCUCCCUGAUGAUUCAUUUGCCUUGCCCAAAAGACUAAGGUUCCUCAAAUUUGGUUCUUUGAAUUCCCCGUCCCUGAGAUUCCAGCGUCUUGCCGAGGAGAAAGAUCAGAUUUCUCGAGCAGUGCCUUCAUCAAGUGGUCAUAACAUUCGAGAUCGUAUAACUAGGGUCUUUUCUCGAAAAAUAGAAUGGGGUUCUCUAUGGAAAAUAUCCAAAAAAUGGAUCAAGGACCCCUUGAACAUGGCCCUUUUUGUAUGGAUUCUUGGUGUUGUUGUGUCUGGUGCACUUUUGUUCCUAGUCAUGACCGGAAUGUUGAACAGUGCCUUAAAAUCGAAGUCCCAACGAGAUGCUUGGUUCGAAGUUAAUAACCAAAUCCUCAAUGCACUAUUUACUCUAAUGUGUUUGUACCAUCACCCAAAACGUAUAUACCACUUUGUACUUCUUGUAAGAUGGAGACCAGAGGACAUUCCCAAGCUAAGAAAGGUGUAUUGCAAGAACGGGACGUAUAAGCCUCAUGAAUGGACACACAUGUUGGUGGUUAUUCUCUUGUUAAACCUUAACUGUUUCGCGCAGUAUGCCUUGUGUGGUCUUAACUUGGGGUACAAGAGAUCGCAACGACCAGCUAUAGGAGUUGGGAUCACUAUCUCAGUGGCAAUGGCUGCACCAGCAAUUGCUGGUGUAUACUGCAUUGUUAGCCCCCUUGGGAAGGAUUACGAUUCUGAAGUGGAUGGGGAAUCACAAUUACCUGUCACCACAGCUGAAGUUAGCCAAAGAAGCCAGUUGAGAGGGAAAUCGAUGCAGAAGAGAUUUUCAUUUGCUAUAAGAGAUGAGACGAUUGUUGAGAGCAGACCCCAAUGGAGUGGUGGGGUGCUUGAUUUUUGGGAUGAUAUAUCUUUAACUUAUCUCUCGUUGUUUUGUAGUUUCUGUGUCUUUGGGUGGAAUAUGGAGCGACUUGGGUUUGGAAAUAUGUACGUUCAUAUUGUAACUUUUCUUCUUUUUUGCAUGGCCCCUUUCUGGAUUUUCAAUUUGGCUGCUGUUAAUAUCAAUAAUGAGGCUGUUAGGGAGGCGUUGGGGAUUACCGGGGUCUUUCUUUGCGUGUUUGGUUUGCUUUAUGGGGGGUUUUGGAGGAUUCAGAUGAGAGAGAGAUUCAACUUGCCACCAUCUACUUUCUGUUGUGGGAAACCAGAUGUUGCAGAUUGCACGCUGUGGCUUUUCUGCUGUUGGUGUUCUCUUGCUCAGGAAGUAAGGACUGCGAAUUCUUAUGAUAUUGUGGAAGAUAAAUUUUUCAGAAAGCAAGUGGAUGAAUGUGUCGAAUUACCGGUUUCUCCCUUGCCUCGUGAAGGUGGAGACUUCCAGUUUAGGUCUGGCCCUAGUUCUCCACUUGGGAACAGUUCUUCUCCAUCUCAUGUUCCGAAAGCUAACUCUCCAAGUCCCAGCAGACUCUCUAAGGAGUACUAUAGUCCAGAUAGGCAUCUUGCUCCGGUGGAGGAGGAAUUCCCUACAAGUGGUAAGGAUCAAACUAUGACACCACCUUCUCCUUCACAUAUACAAAGAGAUGCCAAUUAGCACAAACCCAUUUCAUGAUGUCAUUGUUGUUUGUAUUAAAAUAGAUCAGAGACUAGUUUAGUAAUUUAUAUGUAUUUUGAGUGUAUCCAUAUUCAUUUUACGCACUCUUUCGUGGUAAUUUAUACGUAACUCUUCUUAGUAAUUUUUAUGUAUAUGAAUUCUCUUGAAAAA